CAGCGGUCUAAUAUUUUGUUCGUGGGUGACUAGGUAUAUUCUGAAAUACAAAGUUUAAAUUGCUACAAUCUAGUACGAGGUGGUCUGAUACCACAUCCGCCGAACUUACCGCGGAAAGGAGUGUGAUUGAUAUAUGACGAUAUUAUUCAAACCUCCUAUAUGGGGCUAUUGAUGAUCGCCUUGCUUUUCCCUGUGAGCUAUAUACCAAGCCUUUACACUGGUGAUGGCGUCUUCAAAUAACAACCCUCGUGUGGCAAUUGUAGGCGUUGGCCAGGUCGGCGCCGCUGCCGCGUACGCGCUCAUCCUAGGCCGUAUCGCAAAGGAGUUGCUUCUGGUCGAUGUUAACGCAGAGUUGAGAGAUGCUCAGGUACAAGACCUCUUAGAUGUGGCCUACAACAGCAACAGUGGCAUAGGUGUGCGAGCAGCCACCUACCAAGACGUAGGUCAAUGUGACAUUGUGGUCAUUACAGCUGGAUCGAAGUCUUCUAGAGGUGAAACCCCUGUCCAGCAUAUGUACAACAAGAUUUCGAUCAUAAAGAGCAUUGUCAAUGAAGCAAGACCAUUUAGAUCAGAUGCGAUCAUUCUCAUUGCGGCUAACCCAGUAGACCUGCUCACAUCCAUCACUCAGGAGCUGUCUGGGCUCCCAGAAUGUCAAGUUUUGGGCACGGGCACCUCCCUUGAUUCGGUCCGACUUCGUGGCCUACUGGCAGAAACGACUGGGGUGGCAAUUAGUUCGAUCAGCGCUUAUAUCUUGGGUGUACACGGAGCCUCUCAGGCAGUCGCAUGGUCCCAUGUGACCAUUGGUGGUAUUCCCAUCGAAGAAUGGUGCCCCCAGAACACUAUUAGCCACGCCGAUGUUGCGAACGAAUGCAAACGUAAAUCACAGGUUAUUGUACGAGCCAAGGGGGCAACACCGUUUGGAAUUGGUUCCAUAAUCUCUAGCAUUUGCUAUUCUAUCCUUUUGGAUAAGCGCGAUGUUUGGUCUGUAAGCCAUUACCAGUCAGAAUACGGCUGCUGUUUCAGCCUGCCUGUAGUCCUCGGUAGGGGCGGCGUCAUAAAGUCUACUGAUAUACACUUGGAUAGUGGAGAAGAGGGUGAUAUUGCCCAGGCAGUGCAGACAUUGAAAGCUCUAAUCGAGCGACUCAAACAUGAUUAGCGGGCGCGAACUGAACCCCAGGACGCCCGUGGAUAUAUAUAUUUGCGCGACUGACGUGCCGGAGAGGGACAUGAAUUGUAUAUACUAAUAGGAGUGAGUGGAGGACUGACCUAAAACUUACCUUUUCC